UUCCCGAUUUGGCAAGUUCAUCGAAAUCCAUUUUGACUCUCAAUGUCGUGUUGUCGGUGGUUACAUCUCCCACUAUUUGCUCGAGAGAGCACGGGUGACGAGUCAAGCCAGUGAGGAGAGGAACUAUCAUAUCUUUUAUCAGUUGUGCGCCGGAGCUCCCGCUGAUUUGUAUAAAAAGCUUCACUUGCACUCUCCCGACCACUUUCACUAUCUCCGACAAGGAUGUACGCAAUAUUUUAGCGCCAAAAGUGAUGAAGCUCGAAUUCCAAGUGAACGCAAGUCUAAGGCUCAUUUGCAACAAGGUGCCCUUGUUGAUCCUAUUCGAAAUGAUGCCAAAGAUUUUCUACAAGUGGAUGCGGAUUUAGAAAAAGUAGGCAUGGACACCCAUGUACGACAACAAGUAUACUCCACCAUUGCCACGGUGCUGCAUCUAGGCAACAUUGAGUUUGAAGAUGAUCCGGAUGACAAUCGAGGCGGGUGCAGAGUGACCGAUGACUCUGAGGAAUCCCUCCAAGUGGUGGCCUCUCUCAUGGGUUUGGAUGCGGAUGAGUUGCGGCGUUCUUUGACGGCAAGUGUAAUGCAAGCUGCCAAAGGAGGCUAUAAAGGCACCGUUAUCAUGGUCCCACUGAAGGUUCAUGAAGCUACCAACGCCCGAGAUGCCUUGGCCAAGGCCAUCUAUAGCAGCCUGUUUGACUUCAUUGUGAAGCAAAUCAAUGACAGCAUCCCGUUCGAGCAAUCUUCCUACUACAUUGGCGUGCUCGACAUAGCUGGCUUUGAGUACUUCACCGUCAACAGCUUUGAGCAAUUCUGCAUCAACUAUUGCAAUGAGAAACUCCAGCAGUUUUUCAAUCAGCGAAUCCUCAAGGAUGAGCAAGAGCUUUACGAACGAGAAGGAUUGGGAGUGAAGCGGAUCAGCUUUGUGGACAACCAAGAUUGCAUUGAUCUCAUCGAAGCCAAAGGCAAUGGGAUAUUCAGUUUACUGGAUGAGGAAUCGAAAUUGCCCAAACCCAGUCCCCAGCAUUUCGCAUCCGCCGUGCACGAGCACAAUGGGUCCCAUUUCCGCUUGGCCUUGCCCCGAAAGUCCAAGUUGCGAGAACACCGCGAGAUUCGUGACGACGAUGGGUUCAUUAUUCGCCAUUUCGCCGGAGCAGUGUGCUAUCAGACCGCGCAAUUCAUCGAGAAAAACAAUGAUGCUCUGCACGCUUCUUUGGCCGCUUUAGUCCAAGAAUGCCAGAAUGCCUUCACCCAGAGCCUAUUUGCGACGGGCGACAAGAAGAGUGCGCCCAAAGGCAAGCUGACCUUCAUCUCGGUUGGGUCCAAGUUUCAGACGCAAUUGGCCUCGCUCAUGGAAAAGCUCGAAUCCACGGGGACCAGCUUCAUUCGAUGCAUCAAGCCCAACGUGAAGAUGGUGGCUCGCACCUUUGAAGGCGGCUCGAUCCUGUCUCAGCUCCAAUGUGCGGGCAUGACGAGUGUGCUCGAGCUCAUGCAACAGGGCUACCCGUCCCGGACGCAAUUUUCCGAGCUUUACUCCAUGUACAAGAAGUAUAUGCCGCCCAAAUUGGCCCGAUUGGACCCUCGGCUGUUUUGCAAGGCACUCUUCAAAGCAUUGGGAUUGGAUGAUAACGACUUCAAGUUUGGAUUGACCAAGGUGUUCUUUCGCCCGGGGAAGUUCGCCGAGUUCGACCAAAUGAUGAAGGCCGACCCCAAGCACCUCCAACGUCUCAUCGAGAAAGUCUACCACUGGAUCCUGUGCAGUCAAUGGAAGAAGGCCCAAUGGGGCGCCUUGUCUGUGAUCAAACUGAAGAAUAAGAUCAUUUAUCGUCGGGAGGCUUUGGUGGUGAUUCAAAAAUACGCUCGGAUGCAUUUGGCCAAAAAGAGACAUGCCCCGAGGUUCAAAGCCAUCAAGCGACUCCGCAAGCUCGUGGAACAAAUCACGCAAAUCGAAAAGAUGAGCCAAAAUCUGACCAAGGAUCAAGCGGCCGUGAAGCAAAAUGCCCAAGAGCUCAACAAGGAACUCCAGGCAGAGAUUGGUUGGGUGCGGGCCACGUUCCCAGUCAAGACCAGCGUUCUGGAUGCCCGCUACCAGCUGCUCGUGGACAAGAUCUAUGGUGCGAUUGAUUCGGCUCAGAAUAAGAUCAAGGACCAGAAGAUUGCCGAAGAGCAAGAAAGAAUGAAGAAGCUCCAACGGGAGAUGGAGGCUGAAAAACAACGGAAGGUGGACGAGGAAAAGAGACGAGCUCAAACUGAGCAGGAGAAGAAACUAAAGGCCGAGAUGGAAGCUAAAAGGAAGGUGGAAGAUGCUGCAAUGCAAAGAAAGUUGGCAGAUAAAGCAGAGAAAGUAAACGAAGAAGCUCCUACUCAGAAGUUUGAUUUAUCAAAGUGGAAGUACAUCGAAAUCCGUGAUUCAAUGAAUACGUCGUGUGAUAUUGAGCUCUUAUAUGCUUGCCGAACAGAGAUUUUUAGGCGGUUAAGAGUAUACCGGGAGUGGAAAUAUGACAACGCGAAAACGUCACCUGGAUCUAAAAAAAUAUAUCAUGUGCCCCCAUGUAUCCUAGAGGAAGUUGAAAAAUUUAAGCAAGCCAAUAUCUCUACCUUGGACCAAACUGUUAACACCACUCAACGUUAUUUUCGGCUGGAUUUUCCACGUCAUGUUGAAAAUUCGAAUGGUUCUUCAGAACCACUUGAGCCCGGCCGAUGGUAUGCCCACUUUGAUGGAAACUGGAUUGCCCGCCAAAUGGAAGUGUUUCCAGACGAAAAUCCAACCCUAUUGAUGGCUGGAAAAGAUGACAAUCGAAUGUGCGGAUUUCACCUUGAAGAGACGGGGUUGACUCGUCAAAAGGGCGCAGAAAUCUUACAAAAGUCGUUUGAGAAACGAUGGGCAAAAUAUGGAGGUCCGCUUUAUACCCCAAUUUACCACCGGAAAGGCCUCGUCAUAAAAUGAAGCAAAAUGGACCAUUACAUUCCUUGAUUGGGACUUCCAUUCAAACAAAAAGCAAAGAAGAUGAUAAAGGUGCCUAAGCCAGGGUGUUUAAAUCAAGGGCGGCAGCGUCGUCGAUUGAUAGAGACGGUAGGGUGAAAAUGGAUGUUUUUGCUCCACUCAGUCGAAUCCAUUUUUCUUCAUAUUUUCCAGUUAAUUGGACUCAAGCUCACAAGGAUAGCCUAUGUCAGAUUUCAUCUCAAAUUGAAUCGCAGUCUUAGGGAAGCUUUACACCAGGAUGGAAAACAGAUAUUGAAUCCGGUUUGAGGUUUGAAGUUGGGGUAGUGCUGGGGAGAGUUCGGCAAAAGAUUUGAGUCAAGCAGAAGACUCCAGUCUUUCACUGUAUACUUAUGUAGAACAAAAAGACUCAUACACCAAAAACUCGCCCCAACACUAGUCCUUCUUCCAUCCCCAAACCGGAUUCAAUCUCUGUUUUCCAUCCUAGUGUAAAGCCGCCCUUAGGGUGGCUUUACAUUGCGAUGGAAAACCAGGAUUGAAUCCGGUUUGAGGAUGGAAGUGGGACCAGUGCUGGAGCGAGUCCAGCAGAGGGCUCGAGUCUUUCACAGUACUCAAGUCGAACGAAAAGACUCAUAUUGCUAAUAUUACCAAACCAAAGAAUGAUUUUUUUUUCACAAAUCCGGACUUGAGUCUUUGGAAAGGACUCGGACUCGAGUCUGGACUCGCCUCAGCACUAGUCCUACUUCCUUCCUCAAAUCGGAUUCAAUCCUGGUUUUCCAUCCCAGUGUAAAGCCGCCCUUACAAUUGCAACAAUCUGAUUGGAUCACGAUAAGGACAAACAUUGUUAAGAAUUAUGCAUUGCUAAAUUUGAAUUUCUUUCCCCAUUGCUACCUUUGUUUUCCGUUCUUGGGCCCUAUUUUUUUAUCUUUUUUCGAGUUCACCGCCUUUCAUACAAUGGAGUUUGUUAGUAUUUAGCUUGCUCGGUUAUUCAUGAACGGAGAUUAAAAAAUUGGUCAAAGCCCCCAGAUAA